AUGGCUGUGGAUCUGGGCUGCCCCCAAGGCGCGGCCGUGGGAGACGGGGGAAACGUCCCGCACCCGCUUUCGGUGUCCCUUUACCGGUGUCCCCCUCUUUUCCCUGCCAUGCCCCGUCCCCGGCCGUCCCGCCGCGGUCUCGCCUCCGACCGGCUCUGGCCGCGAGGGCGGUGGCGCUGCUGGGCGGGCAUCAGUGCCUGGGGCUGGGGCGGCAUCGCCGCCCUUCGGCUCGGCCUGGCCCGAGACCGGCCCCGGCCCCGACGCAGGAUCCAGUUCCGACCCCGGCCUCGGUCCCGACGUGGGAUCCAGUUCCAGCCCCGGCCCCUGCUCCUCCCGGUGCCCACGGAGGACACACGGACCGCGGCCGCUCCCGCCGCCUCCGCUGCGACUUCCCCGGCCCGAGCUCUCUCGCUCCCCAGCGCGGCUGCCGGCCACGAGCCUCUCGUGUCGCGUUCCAAAGACCGAACGCCCGGGCAUGGCCGGCCCGGGGCGGGUGAGGGGCGCUCGGGGGCCGUUGCUGGCCCCGGGCCGAGCGCUGACAGCCGCGUCCUGCCCGCAGGGAAAGCGCAGGAGGCCCUGCAGGAGCGCGGAUUCGGCAGCGUCUGCUGGACGCGGUUCUCGGACGGCGCCCCGGUGGCCAUCAAAAGGGUGCCGCAGAAGCGCGUCCGGCACUGGGGCGAGCUGCCCGACGGCACCAGCGCACCGCUGGAGAUCGUGCUGCUGGACAGCGUGUCCACUGUCUUCCCUGGUGUCGUCCAGCUGCUGGAGAGGCUUGAGCUCCCCAGCAACAUUGUGGUGGUGCUGGAGCGCUCUCAGGACCUGCAGCAUUUCAUUUGGGCACGGGGGUUCCUGUCCGAGGAGGUGGCACAGGAGCUGUUCCGCCAGGUCCUGGGCCGCGACAUCAAACCAGAGAACAUCCUGGUUGACCUGGCCACUGGCCAGGCCAAACUGAUCGACUUUGGCUGUGGCACCUACCUGCAAGACACAGCUUACACUCACUUUGCAGGAACAUGGUCAUACAGCCCCCCGGAAUGGACCCACUUUAGGUGGUACCAUGGCGAGGCAGCAACGAUCUGGUCCCUGGGCAUCCUGCUGCACCAGAUGGUCUGCGGGGAGCACUCUUUCAGGAGGGGCCAGAGCAUCAGCUGGGGCCAGCUCUCACUGCCACAAAGACUCUCAAAGUGGAUCUUCUUCUCUAGGCGCGGGGGGAAUACCAGUGCUGGGAGCCAGCAGCAGGCUCGUGAGCAUCCUACUCUGGCAGCUGCUGAGGAGGUAGCACAUGUCCUGCUCUCCUGCUCUCCUCCAAAACAAAGAAUUGCUGGGAAGGGUUAGGCCCAGCUCUGAGCACGAGCAGCAUGGCCUAGGCAUGGGAAUAGCGGGACAGGAGCCUUGUCCAACUGAUCAGUGGUUUCUGGUUUGUCUCCCCAGAGUGCCAAGUUCUUAUCAGGUGGUGUUUAUUGAGACAGAGUAGAAAUUUUCCAAGUUCCAAAGUAGAAAUCCAUUUUGAUUAAAGUUAAAUGUACAUCUUUUAGUUAAGCCUUGAAAUCUUAGCUGUUUACUCUAAGCUCAGAGAAACUGCUUCAGUGAAAAACAGAGAUGGGGGGUGGGGGGAGACAGGUCAACUUGUCCUAAGAAUUCUUUCUGACAACAAAAGAACAAGCGCUAAGUGAAGUCUGUAAAAUGAAUAUGUAUGAACCUAUUGUGAAAUUGUAUGCAUAUGUAUUUGGGGAGAAAGAUAAAAAGGGACCUAGAGAUCCCAGAAGUACGCAUGCCUUUUAAGGGGAGUAAUCCCGGCAUGCGUCCAGCGCUGCAAUAAACAUACCGGCUUUACAACUUUUACAAAGUUGUGGAGUUUUUUAUUUUCUCCGCAAAGCAUUCUGGCGAGCCAGCCAGGAGGUUCCGUCUCUGUCCCCGCAGGGCAGGAGGGAUAGAGAGACCUCCUAGGCGCGCCCCGGGAUCUUCCCUGAGGAGCCCCGCUGUCCACUUUGCCUUCUGCGAGGACAGACAAGGACCUACUGGCGUGCAGAUUUGGUAUGUAUUAAGAGGGCCCCGGGAGAUCAAGAAGCUGAAUAAGUCACUCAGAGACGUCUGAGUGCUCAGCCUGUGCCUGCAGGCAGACCAGUCGAUAGAGCGACUGAAGGGCGAGAGUUCACUGUCCGAUAGAGGGGCCGCUAGCAACCCUGGGAGUGGGUUCGAGUGAACUCGUGCGUGUGCGUGGUGUCUGGACACUGUAUUGCGGUGUAGUUCAUGCAUUGUGUGGGUUUGUAAUUGUGUGAGUGCAUGGUGUACAAAGGGAGUAUAUCUACAGUGCAGGGGGGUUUCUACCCGCAACUGAAGGAGCCGAGUGAGGCCUGAGGUACCAGCCGGGGCAGGCUGUGGGGCAGGGAGUGCCCUGUAGUGAAGUGGAACUAGUGGAGAAACGUUGGUCAAGAUGUGUAUUGUGUUUAAAGGUAGUGAUUUGUGUGGAUCGGGCACAUUUUAACCGUAUGAGCUCAGGGAGUUCCUCUGCCCUGGUAGUUAGACUUUAUCUCUAGAAUUUUGCUGUGUGCUGUUAUUUUGAUUGUGUCCAGAGUGUGUGAAGACCAGAGGAAGCUCGUGUGGGUAAAUGCUGAAGUGUAUUGUAUGCUGUGUUGUGUUGAGAAAAGUGGGCACUUUGAGAGAUAUGCCCUUUCCCGGUGAGUUUGUGUGGUUCUUCCCCCAUAUUGUGGUAAUUUGAUGCUCGAAUUGUAGUGUUUGUAGAGAUUUUAAGGUUUUGUUUGCAACAAAUGUAGCAUUUUACACAGAAGAACUAGGGUAUGGUGAUUAAUCUUUACUGUAGUAAAACGAACUAAAGGAAUUCCAAGAAUUCCCCCCACACAGCAAUUCCAGCCCUGACUUGUGAAUUUGAGAUAAGGGGGAGAGAGGUGUGUGUCUGUUUGUGGGCAUAUCAAAGUUUUUGCUGUAACAAGCACAGCCUAUUGCAAGGCAGUAAAGUGUCAGUAAAAAUGUGUGAGUUAGAUUGUGAGAGAAGAGAACGAGAACUAGAAAAGACUGAGAUUUUGUAAAACAGGGUUUAGAUAGAAAAGAGAUGAAUGUGCUUAUGAGACUUCAGUUGGUAAUAUAGUAAGUUUGAACUGCAAACAGCCCACUGUAGAAGUUAAGUGAUAAACGCCAAAGUGAUAAACGGAAUAGCCUGCAAGCAAUUCCUGAGAGCUUUUGGUGCAUUGAGAAGCUGGCACCUUGUGUGCAAUGCAGAGUUUCUGUGCCUUAAGGCACGGAUUUCUGUGCCUUAAGUGUAAAUUUAAGGUUCCUGAUCAAGCCAAUUCAGAACUUGAGAUCUUAAAACUUAUGUGUAGAAGAUCACAUCUAAUACCUGCCACCUGAAACUCUGUGUGUGGGAAAAACUGAGAAAAGACGACACUGUGAGGCUUAAGUAGAAACAAGAUAGUAUAAAGAGAAAGAGAAAAUGAGAACUAACCAGAGCAAAGAGGUUCCUGAACUAGCCCUUUUGGGAGGGGCUCACUGAGAGAAAGCUGCCAGUAGGGGCAGCUCAGAAAAGAAAAAGAUUUAUAAUACCUUAUUAUAGUUAAUUCUUGUGAAAAACAUCAAUCACUUGUUUUUUUAAUUUUUAAAUAUUUAAUAGUAAUAAAAUAGUUAUAAAAAUCGUAAUACAAUUAGAGUAAUAAGAAUUUAGACAAUUUGAAUUAAGACAAUAUGAGACAAUAAAAACAAAGAGUUACGGACGUCCGGGUACCUUUUUCUGGGCAGCACAAGCCCGAAAAAGGACCCCCGUUAACAAAGGAUUAACCCUUAAAAACAACAGCCUGUUGCAUAUUCAUACACUUCAUGCAUGAUGCAUAAAUUCCAUUCAAACACAGGAUUCGGGCUGGUCAUCGUCAACUUCUUCCUCCUAAUCCUAACAGCGCCUUCGAGGUGGGAAGAAGUUCAUUUCUUCUGAUAAGAGGGCAAUAAAUUAUUUUUCUCUGAAAGAUUUAGGUGUCCUGCGGCUGCUAUCUCGCUGCAAGUCCUUUCUUUAAAAAAAGUAUUUUACAUAGCAUAGUUUCUAUUUUAACAAUUUUUAUAACUUAAAACUACAUUUAACACACUACUUAAGAGAAUUAAUACAGCGUUACUUUCUAACACAACACAUAUAAUAUUCAUUUCAAUAUUUGCGAAAAGCCAAUCAUAAAAUACUCAUUUUUCACAUAACUAAAAGCAGUAGCAAAAGCAAGAGCAAAGUAAAAGCAAGAGCAAAAAGCAAAAGUUGCCCUAUGUACUGCCCCAUCUGUGUCCCACCAACUGUUGGGGGAGUGAGCAGACUGAUAGCUGCUAACAAAACAAAAUAGAGUUUCACUCUUCAGAGCCAGUGUUGAAGGUACAGAACAUGAUAUCCAGCAUAAACAGAACAAUGACUGGGGAUACAAGCAUCAUAACAUCACCCUAGGACAAAGGGGUAUACCCAAAGGUGAUGGUGUUGUAGAUGCGUAAAUGGUUGGCUCUCACAUUAUCUGUAUGGUAAAAGAAGUUGUAUAAAUGCAUAGUUAUGUUACUGUAAUGUCCUCUCCCCAGUAUGUUUUAUCAUGUGAUGGUUUUGCUAAUCCAUGGAUUUGGGAAGGUUGGCUUGUUACUGUGGGAGCACCUGACCUCCAAUCAGAAUGUAAGAAAGUGACUUCUACUACUGAACAGCAAGGAAGGAGUUGACUGACAAGGCUUUAGGAGGGGCUAGAGAUAUAAAAGGUGAAGCAUCCAACUUGAAGAGGAGUCAACCACGUGGUGGGCUGCGAUGGGGGCAGUUCCCAGGCCUGCUUUUCCUUAUUUAGUCCUUUUCCUGUAUUUUUGUUAAGGUUAAAUAAACCCUUUAAAUUU